AUGGCCGCUGUAGUUGGGUCUCGUCUGGGGGGACGGCCUCAGGCCGUCGCAUAUUCUGCUCUGUGGGGCUCGAGAAGAUGUGCUCGUUUGCGUAUCGAUCCCCAAGUCGAGUAUCGGAAUCUCCGUAAAGUCCUUUCCUCCACGAAGUCUCCGCUCCUCUUGAGGUUUUUGAACGUCUCCUCUGCAAAAGUAGACGUGCUUGCUUCCCCUGUCCACGCACACCGGUCAGCUGCCGCUGACUCCUCGUCCCCAGCGGUGAGUGAUGCUUUGAUGGCUGCGAACUCCCUCCGUUUUAACCAUGAAGGAAAGACAGCUUCCAGGCCAGACGGUGGCAGAGCCGCAUCUUUUCGGCAUGCUGCGACUGCUCCCGUCGUCGACGCGGAGCAGUUCUGCGUCUCUCGCAACGCGGCUUGGUGGACUCCCCGACGGAUGUACACGGAAGCCAGAGGUCAGAUCGCAGCCGUGGCUGCGAUGCAAGACCCCGUUGAGGUUCUUAACUUUGCUGGGGCUAACGAACUGGCAUCAACGUAUCUUCUCGUCAGUUGCCUGCGACGGGUGUCUGCUCUCUGCGACAAGAAACACGCCGUCUUGGAAUCUGUCGCAAAGGACGAACGCCUACACCGACUCAUUCAGCUCAUUACGCAGCAUUUGGACGACUGCGACGGUCGGUGCCUCGUAGACCUCUGUUGGGCGGUGUGGGGCUUUCGAGCCGCGCCCGAGGCCGUGGAACAGCUGUUGAAUCGGAUGGCCAACGUAGUCGUGCGGCGAGAAAAUGCCUUCAGUCCGAAGCAACUGGGAACAAUUGCUUUCACUUUUUCCUGGUUCCGCGGCGGACCUACUGACACUGUAGCUGACUUCGUCCUGGCGGAGUGCGUGAAGCUUUUGCCCGAGAUGGAACCGUUUCAUGUCACCUUGCUCUUUGGCUCGCUGCGCCGAAUGAGAUGCCUCAACCGCGAUGUCGCGAACCUGAUGAUCGAGAAGCUCACCGACGACAUCGACCGCUUCACUAGUGACGACGUUGUUGGCGUUCUCCGGGCCUUAGCCGCGAACUCGAUAACCCGUGGAUUUCUCCUGCGACGGGUUGCCACCCUGGUCUUUGAUAACCUGGACUCCUUUAAGCCAAAACAGCUAGCGAGCAUCCUGAACAGUCUUGCGUUGUUGCGGUUCCUUACGGUCGAGAAUGGAGAGGAGCUCUAUUCCUGUUUAAGCGGCUCGUUGUCCGAGCUCCCUUCUGCCUCUUUAGCUGAGAUUUUAGAGGCGCUUACGAUCCUUAACUUUCCUCGAUCCGAGGCCGCUCGCACUUGCAUUGAUCUUCUGGCUGAGAAGAACGGUCCCGUUUCUCAGGGACUCUGGGUUCGAGACCACAUGAUUAUUGCGGCACACGCUGUGAUCCAGAAUCAGCUCUAUGACAAGAACCCGGUGGUAAAACCGCUGCUCGAAGAACUGUUUCGGUCUCGAGUCAAUUCGUCAAGAACGCACCACAGAGUUGAAGAGGUGAUUCAUGCCCUAGACUUGGAGAAAGCAUCGCCAAGUGUAGACGUUCCUCCUCAAUGGCGCGCUAUGGUCGACCAGGCGAAUCGAGAAGAGCAGGCUAGACUCGAACACAGCGGUUUGCAAAACGAGCUGACGCUCGUGCUCGAUUCCCUCCGGGGCAAGUUUCAGCUGCAGAUUCAAAAGAACCAACAGGCGGGCCCGUACAACGUCCAGUUUCUCGACGAUGAAACGAAGAUUUGCAUCGAGAUCGAUUACCCCUGUUGUCGAACGCCCCAUAUCAUAAAGGCGAGGCAUCUCAAGCAGCUUGGAUACCACUACUUGCUCGUCGACUGCUGGCAGUGGCGGAGACUCCGGUCAGAGGCGGAGCAAACCGUUUUCCUCAAGCAACUGCUUUCGGGGCCUUUGCUCGAGGUGGGCCGACUCGAAGGAGUUGAACCCGACAACUGA